AUGGCGGACCUCCAGUGGCGCGCCAUGUUCUCCUCCGGCCUUGACGCAGCCACCACGCGCGAGCUGCACGCCGUCGCGCGGGAAGCUGCCCUCCUGGCCCUGAAGCCCAAUGUGUCGGACUUCUUCCCGGCGCUCGCCGCACUGGACCUUCAGGGCAUCCGGCGCAGCAUGACGAGGCAGCUGGGAAAGGUUUACAGGCUGAUCGACCAAGAGAUCGACCAGCGGAGGCGAGGCCGGGAAGCGGGCAGCGUCGACGGGCGCGAGAAGGACGACCUGCUGGACGUGAUGCUGCAAAUGUGCGAGGUGGACGGGGCGGCGGUGAUGAACCAAGACUCUAUGAGAGCAUUUCUUACGGAUCUAUUUCUUGCGGCCAUCGAUACCGUCUCGGGCGCGAUCGAGUGGGCAAUGGCAGAGUUAUUACAAAAUCCAGAAACCAUGAAGAAGCUAAAAGAGGAACUUAGUAGAGUUCUUGGCUCGAAGGAACAUGUUGAAUACUCCGAUAACCUUCCUUACCUGCAAGCAGUCGUUAAGGAAACUCUCCGUCUGCACGCAGUUGUGCCGUUGGCACCUAACAAGGUUGAGCAGACAGUAGAGAUACAGGGGUACACCAUCCCCAAGGGAAGCACCGUGAUUGUGAAUCUGUGGGCCAUCCAUCACAAUGCUCAAGUAUGGACAGAGCCAGACAAGUUCAUCCCUGAGAGGUUCCUGUGUAAGGAGGUAAAUUUCCAAGGUAUGGACUUUGAAUUCAUGCCCUUCAGUGCUGGAAGGCGCAUCUGCCUAGGGUUGCCGCUCGCUACUAGGAUGCUUCCUGCCUUGCUAGGCUCGUUGUUGCACCGUUUUGAGUGGACAUUGCCCGAAGAGGCCAUGAAAAUUGGUGUUGAUAUGUCUGAGAAGCUUGGGUUAACAAUGUCUAUGGCGACUCCUCUCCAAGCUAUAGUAGUGAAGACAUUAUAA